UCCUGGCCAGAGGGUCGGAGGCGUCCGGGGUGACUGCCGGCGUCACGGGGCGCGCGCUGCCGCGAACGGCGUGGCAGAUGGGAACGCCUCCGAGACCACCAGCGAUGACCCCGCUCGGGCAGCCCCAAUUUCUUUGGCUGCACCGGCGCCGGCAGCGGGGACCGAGGCCCGCGUCCGUUCGGGUCGGGCCUGGGCUUAGCGCCGCGCCCCACAGGCGGCCGGGACUCCACCUGGACCCCGCCGCGGUUCUGGGCCGCCGGAGCCUCGCGCCGCCUCUCGGGGACCUUGUCCCCUGGCCUCCGGCCUCUCGGGCCCCUCGCCUGCCGUCUAGGAGAGAAGGGGCCUUGGACCUGUGCCCCGCCGAUGGAACAGCGCCCGGGCUCGGAGAGGCCCCGCGAGACCGCAGGCGCAGACCCUCCCGGAGGGCUGGGCGGGCACCGGGGUCUUCGGCUGGCUUGAGGGACCCGACCCCUGGGGGAGGAGUUUGGGGUCUGUGUGUCCGAAUGAACGCGGGGGUUCAGAUGAGCCUGUGGUGUCCCCGCUUUCCAUCUCCUCCGUACCCGGCCCCAGAGGACUGUCUGAGAGGCCGGUGGCCGCGGAUCCUGAAAGCGCCUCCCUCCUGCCUGUGGUUUCCCUUUAUACCGGCAGCGGCGCGAGUCCACCCUUCACUUACAGGAGCUACAUCCAGAACCUUCUCCUGGGGCCACAGCGUGGGCUUCCGAGACUCUGCGUGACCCCAGCUCUGCCCCUUUGGGGCUGCAGUUUCUAAGGAAUGAAUCCCCGAGUGUGGCAGGAAGGACACGGCCAGCUCCUGACGCACACCUGAUUUGAUUCAACACUGAGUCGGCACAGACACAACCAGAGAUGGCCUGGGUCCAGGCUGGGGCUGCACAGGCCGUGUCCUGGACAGCCAGGAGGGAGGCCCCACACACAGACGGCUGCCGGGUAGGGGGCCUAAGCGGGGCAGGCCUGGCCACAGCCCAUGUCCUUGGCCUUCCACAUAGAUGCACACAUUGUCUGCCCACAGAGGGCCAAGACGCCCCAGGCACCCCUUCGCUCCGGGGGCUCAGGACACAGGCUCCCAGCUGAGGCCGCGCUUGGACCCAGAGCUGAUGUUUGGCUGCAAGCCCACUCGGGACAGACCCAAGAACACGAAUUCUGUCCCUCUGGAUUUAAGGCUGGUGUUUUUUGACAUUUACUUCAGUUUUUCUCUUUGAAAUUAAAAUUACCUGAGUAAAA